UAAACGAUAAGGGAAUAUCUACUUCCAAGAACUAGGCCGGUCCCUUAUGACUCAACCAAUCUAAACUAAACUAAACUGCAGGGAUGUUUCUGCGUCAGCUUACACCCAUACUAACCCUCAAAUAGAUAAGAUGUUACCAUCCGCCGCUCCCAUUAGCCACAAUAAGAACUAUAAUAGCCCAUCCCCCAGCUGCACCAAACACAUCCAUCCAGCAAAACAGCAACAGAAAUCAAAAUGUCCACCGACCUCUCCACCACCGCCGCCUCCAUCGCGCGCCUCUCCCUCCACGACCCCAAAAACUUCCACAUCCAACACUCCCAAACCCUCCACCGACUAACCCUCCUCCAGCACUGGGCCAUCCCCACAGGCUCCAAACUCCUCGAGUUAGGAUGCGGCCAAGGCGACUGCACGACCGUACUAGCAUCCGCCGUAGGCGAGCAAGGCAGCGUAGUAGCAGUUGACCCAGCAGAUCUUGAUUACGGAUCCCCCUACACCCUCUCCCAAGCCCAAUCCCACAUCACCCAGUCCCCACUAGGAAAUCGCAUAACCUGGAUCCAACAAUCCCCACUGGAUUACCUCUCCUCCCUACCCCCGACAUUCGACGCUGCAAUCCUCGCCCAUAGUCUUUGGUACUUCUCCUCCCCGUCUCUCAUCCUGUCUACGUUCCGCGCCGUCAGGCAGCACAGUAAACGCCUCCUGCUAGCUGAAUGGGGACUAGUAGCCACGCACCCGUCCGCGCAGCCGCACGUGCUCGCUGCGCUGGCGCAGGCGGCGUUGGAGUGUCGGAAACCUGGGGAGAGUAGUGACUCGAAUGUGCGGACGGUGUUGGGGCCGAAGAGGAUUAGGGAGUUGGCGGUGGAGGCGGGGUGGGAGGUUGAGAGGGAGGAGUAUGUACAGACUGGGGAGGGGUUGUUGGAUGGGAGGUGGGAGGUUGCGGCUGUUCUUGAUGGGGGGUUUGAGGCGCAGGUGAGGAGGGUUGUGAGGGAUGAGAGGGAGAGGGCGGUGGUGUUGGCGGCGAGGGAUGCGUGUGAGGUGAGUGUUGAGGGUGUGGAGCGGGUGAGAAGUAUGGAUGUUUGGGUUGCUAGUUUUGUUUGAUGGUGGAUGGAUGGAUCUUUGAUUAAUUGUUAUGAAGAGGGAUGAACUCGAUUGCG